GCAUAACCUUGCUAGCCUUAAGAGACAAAGAGAAGGAGAUGCCUUGCGUGCUGCCACUCAGCUCCCCAUUCCAAAUAUGAUCAGUGCAGAGUACGCAUCCCCUGCUGCGGCACGCCUUGCUCUGCGCUUGACGUUUGGAGUGUACGUGAUGGGCCCUCAGUUGGUAGGAAGUACCCUCCUGCAGGAAACGUCACAAAGAGCUGGGCUCAUGAAGUCUCUUCGUGCAUAUAUCGACCACACGAUCAACACCAAAGCAAUGAAGACCAAGCAAUAUCAACAUCAGGAGCCGGCAGAUUUGGACAUUCAUGCCAGAGAAUGUUGUGCCAUGUUCCUUUGUCUAUUUUCUGUUGUGUCUUGCGCUGAGGAUACUGAGGUCGAUGCCCAAUUCCUCCCACAUACUCAUGCAGCGCUGCUGCGUCUGAUCGCUUCGGUGAUCUGUCCGGUUGAAUUUCCUUCAUCUCCAGAACACCUCUUGUCUCCUUAUCUCAAGCUGGACACUGCCCAAGUAAUUCUGUUGACGUGGGGUAAGACUAUCCCGUGGUCCUGGUGCGUAUGGGCAGAUCCACGCAUAGCAUACGCAGAGAUCAUAGGCUCCAUGAGCAGCACCUGGCUGUUUCAUAUCGGUGGUGUCUCGAACGACGCUGAGUGUGACCCUCAGUUUGCAUCAGCCGCAUCCUGGGAGGAAGAGUUGACAGCGGCACUUUCGCUCAAUCCGACAGCGGCAACUAUUGCUAUAACCAGAAUUCUCAAUUGUGCCGUAUCUGCGUUGCUGAUGGCGCCGCCUGCGCAUUUUCCCCCUCAUUGUCUUGACGUCAUUUACAGAUGUUGCUGGGCAGCCGCACAACUGUUUCGAGCAUCUGUCAAUGUUGCGGACGCUGUAGCGAUCCAGCUUUGUAACGCGUUAUGCAGGAUCUUCAUAUUGCUACAACAAGAUAAUGCAUAUAAUGCUAAGGACCAGAUCCUUGAAGCAUUAUCAUCUGUUCAAGCUGAGGUGCUACGAUCUGUGAUGAAAGAUCUGUGUAAGGAUGCAAAAGUCAACGUUGCGAUAGCGUUGGAGAGCAGAAUUUCUCAUCUCAGCAGAUAUAUUGAUCAUGAAGCCGGCCGCGCGGACUUAUGUCAUCAAGACCUAUCUGGUAUCAGGCAAUUGCUUCAGUUUAACACUCUCACAUGGCACCAUGGGAUUCAAACGGGAAUCAGCGUGCCAGUAUGGACGUCUUUCCUCCGAGGUCUCGUGAACUGGCUCGCCUCUGUACUUCCGGAAUCUGAGGCGGCUAUAAACCUAAGAGAUGCUUUGAUCUGUGCUCUAGCAACUUUUGCGCUCCUUGAUGAGGAAGGACGCAAACAAUCCUGGGAUGAUGAGAUUGUCUGGAAUAUCGCAAUCAAUAGCCGUGCAGCAGAUUUAACUACCGCCUGUGCUCUUUCCAGCUAUAUCUCUGCGACUAUACGACGCAGCCGCUGUAGCCCACUCGCCAUUGCAGAAAGUUGGAACUAUCUUCGCGAUGCCCUGCUGCUUAUCCUUACCCAUCAAUUUUUCAAUAUCGAGGAGCCACUUGCCAUACUGAUCUGCCCAUCCAUCUGUCAAGCUCUGAUGCAUUUGUUGCGGGAUUCAGGAGAUGGGCCUGUCCAGUAUAUGCUUUCUUCGCCGUGGUCAAUUAAUCUUUGCGCCGCAUUACAAGACCUCGCAGAAGUCGCAGACUGUCAAGGCGAUAACUAUCGCGCAUAUUUGCAUGCUAGAGCCAUGCCUUUCGCAAGCGCCCUCUUGGAGCAUAUGAGGGCGGUCCUACUCAAUGACCAUCAACAACACGACCUCCCAACUGCAGAUAUACGACUUCUCAUAGUUGGAAUUCACACCGUACCUCACACAACACUUGUCUUGGAGCAUCGCCGUGAAGACGUGCCCUCCGACGCUGCGUGAUUCAUCUAUCCAGGAGCACCUUCGACAAGCACAUCGUCAAUACAUUGCAGUCAAUUACCACACGAUGACCGGCGAUCCGUCUGCCAAGACAAGUGCCCGCGACAACAACGCCGUCGUCUUUAGAAUCUUUGUACAUGAAUGAUCAGAUGUGUCAUUAGCCCGUAGAACUCGGUGGUAUCCCGAACUCAGCGCGCAUACUAGCUUGAGCACAACAGAGCGCCGGCAUCACAGGACC